AUGCGUCUACCCUCCCUAGCAGCAGCCUUCGCCCUCUGGGCCAUCCCCACCGCCUCGGCCCUGUCCGCCGCCGAAUGGCGCUCCCAGUCCGUCUACCAGGUCGUGACGGACCGCUUCGCCCGCACCGACCUCUCCACCACGGCGCCGUGUGACCCGGCCGAGCAGGUCUAUUGCGGCGGCACCUGGCGGGGGCUGAUUGCCAAGUUGGAUUAUAUCCAGGGGAUGGGGUUUACGGCGGUGUGGAUCUCGCCGGUGGUGAGGCAGGUGGAGGGGAAUUCGAGGGAUGGCUCGUCGUAUCAUGGGUAUUGGGCGCAGGAUAUCUGGGCGCUGAACGCGGCGUUUGGGGAAGAGGCUGAUUUGGUUGAGCUGUCGGCGGAGCUGCAUGCUCGGGGCAUGUAUCUCAUGGUCGAUAUCGUGACCAACCACAUGGCGUACAUGGGCUGCGGGACUUGCGUCGACUAUAGCCAGUUUAACCCCUUCUCAUCGGCCUCGUAUUUCCACACCUCUUGCUCCAUUGACUACGAUAGUCAGACCUCGGUCGAGGUGUGUUGGCAAGGCAGUGACGUUGUCAGUCUCCCGGACUUGCGCACUGAAGACGAUUCUGUGCGAAGUAUCUGGAACGAGUGGGUGGCGGAGAUGGUUUCCAAGUACAGCAUUGACGGCCUGCGAGUCGAUAGCGCAAAACACGUCGAGACGUCCUUCUGGUCGGGCUUCUCGGAUGCAGCGGGUGUGUAUCUUCUAGGCGAAGUCUUCCACGGCGACCCGCUGUACGUGGCGCCUUACCAGCAAUACUUUGAUGGCGUGACGGAUUAUGCUAGUUACUACUGGGUGCUCAAUGCAUUCCAAUCACCUAGCGGAAGCAUCAGCGAGCUUGUUUCCGGCCUCGACACACUGCGUGGCGUGGCUCAGGAUCUCAGUUUGUAUGGCUCCUUUUUGGAGAACCACGACAUCGAGCGGUUCCCUUCUUUCACGCAGGACAAGGCCAUCGCGUUUACGAUGCUCAAAGACGGUAUCCCAAUCGUCUACCAAGGCCAAGAACAACACUACGCCGGCUCGGGUACACCUCAUAAUCGGGAAGCACUCUGGUCCUCCGGUUAUUCGGAGACCUCCGAGUUGUACACUUGGAUUGCCAAACUCAACCAGAUCCGGAACCAAGCCAUCGCCCAAGACGACGGCUAUCUCUCGUACAAGGCCCACCCCAUCCACUCGGACAGCCACACCAUCGCCAUGCGCAAGGGACAGCCCGGCGCCCAGGUGGUGGGCGUAUUCACCAACGUCGGGGCCUCCGCUUCUGCCGAGGUCACCCUUCCUUCGUCUGCGACCGGCUUCGAGGCCGACCAGGCGCUUGUUGAUGUCAUGGGCUGCACCACGUACACCACGGACUCGGGAGGCGGUCUCGCCAUAACCCUUGCCGAUGGUCUCCCAGUCGUCCUGUACCCUAAGGCCCGUCUCUCUGAUAGCGGUGUCUGCGACGAGCUGACGCGGUCAACAUGUAAGUGA